AUGGAAAGAGUUGGUGGGAUUUCUGGAUGGGUUUAUAACAACAGCGAAGAGUCGGAUUUGAUACAAAACAUAGUCAAAAGGAUUCUGGCUGAACUGACCAAUUCCCCUGUGGUUGUGGCUUCUUACGUUGUGGGACUUGAUUUUCGUCUGGAAGAAUUAGUGGAAUUGUUAGACGUCAGGCAAAAUGGCCUGCAAGUUCUGGGUUUGCGCGGACUGGGUGGAAUUGGUAAGACAACUCUUGCCAAGGCUCUCUACAAUAAACUUGCUAGACACUUUCAAUGCCGCAGCUUCCUUUCCAGUGUUAGAGAAAAUUUUAAAAGUCGGCAAAAUGGUCCUGAAUUCCUUCAGAAAAAGAUUGUUGGUGAUCUUUCUUCACACAAGGUGCCUCCUACUUUCUCUGAUGCCAAAUCUUAUGUGCUAGAAAUGAAGAGGAUACUGAAACAAAACCGAGUUCUUCUAGUUUUAGAUGACAUUGAUGAUGCAGGACAACUUAAAGAACUAGCUGGCUCGAGAGAAUGGUACUCUGAAGGAAGCCGGAUAGUAAUUACUACUAGAGAUGCGGCAGUUUUGCCAACUGAUUUUGUGGAUAAGAUUUAUGAAGUGAAAUCUUUGGGAAAGUCUGAGUCACUAAAACUUUUUAGUCACCAUGCAUUUAGAAGAGAGAAUCCCACAGGAGCUUUCCUUAAUUUGUCCAAAGAAAUUGUCUCCUGUACCGGUGGACUACCGUUGGCACUAGAAGUCUUUGGUUCUCUUUUAUACGGUAAGAGAAUAGUAGAGGAAUGGCAAGAUGCUUUGGAAAAGCUGAAACAGAUCCGUGGGCCUGAACUUCAGGGUGCCUUGAAGAUAAGUUAUGAUGCCCUUGAUGUUCAAGAGCGGUCAAUAUUUCUUGACAUUGCAUGCUUGUUUCUGAAUUUGGAAAUGAACAGAGAGGAUGUAAUUGAUGCGCUGAGAGGCUCUUAUUUUGGAGUAGAGACUGCGGUUACUACUCUUGUUUCAAGAUCCCUUAUAAAAUUUAUCGAUUCUGAGCAGUUAUGGAUGCAUGACCAGAUUCGAGACAUGGGAAGACAGAUAAUUGUAGAAGAAAAUUUAUCGGAUGUUUAUGGGCGCAGCAGAAUCUGGAAUCCCGCCGAUGUUUUGGGUCUCUUUCAAGACGGAAAGGGUACUCGAGAUAUUCAAGGAAUUGUAUUAGACCUUGAAAAGAAGAACUUCCCUAGGGAUAAAAAGGCACGGGCAAUUGCAUGGCAACAACUUUGUCAAACACCCAAUUUUACCUCUGCAAUAACAUACUUCAGGGAGAUAUACAAGGAGCAUCAUCACCGUUAUGCAACAAAAGAUGGUGAAGUCAUACUUAAUUCUACAUCAUUUGAAUCAAUGGUGAAUCUGAGACUGUUACAGUUCAGCAAUGUGAAAUUGGAAGGACGUUUGAAACGUUUACCUGCCCAGUUAAAGUGGUUACAGUGGAGAAAAUGUUCCCUGAGAAGCCUUCCUUCUGAUUUUUUCCCAAGGGAAUUGGCGGUCCUUGAUCUCUCAGAAAGUAAAAUUGAAAGAAUCUGGGGAUGGAAAUGGUGCUGGCAUGCUCAACAGGUAAUUCUGAUGUACAUUAUCGUUUGGUUGGUCUCUCGAUUUAGUUAUUUUGGAUGA